AUGACCAAUCAGGUUAAGGGCGUCAUAGCAAGCGCAAGAGGCGAGGCCGUCUCAGUCGAGACGAUUAUAGUGCCGGACCCAGGUCCCGGAGAGGCGCUCAUCAAGGUGCAGGCUUGCGGAGUAUGCCAUACUGACCUCCACUACCGCGAAGGCGCAAUCACCGACGAUUUCCCGUUCCUGCUUGGACAUGAAGCGGCAGGCACCGUCGAGAAGGUCGGCGAUGGCGUUACCAAUGUUGAGCCGGGCGACUUCGUCAUUAUCGCGUGGCGCGCCCCGUGCGGCAACUGCCGCUCGUGCCUGCGCGGACGCCCCUGGUACUGCUUUGACAGCCGCAACGCAUCGCAGCCUAUGACGCUGGCAGACGGCAGCCCGCUCUCGCCUGCGCUGGGCAUCGGCGCAUUCGCAGAGCUGACGCUGGUCGCCGCGGGACAGGCGGUCAAGGUCAACCCAGAGGCAUCAGCGGCGGCGGCAGGGCUUGUGGGCUGCGGGAUAAUGGCCGGGCUUGGGGCGGCGGUGAAUACGGGUGGCGUGUCGAGGGGCGAUUCGGUUGCGGUGUUCGGUGCGGCGGCGUCGGUGAUGCUGCAAUCGCAGGAGCGCGGCUCGCUGGCGCGCACACGAUCAUCGGUGUGGACAUCGACGACCGCUAAGCUGGAAUGGGCGAAAGAUUUCGGCGCGACUCACACGAUUAACGCAUCACAGACCGACCCGGUUGAGGCUAUUCGUGGGCUGACCGGCGGCAACUGGGGUCGAUGUCGCUAUCGAGGCAGUGGGCAAUCCCGUCACCUACGAGCAGGCUUUCUACGCCCGUGA